GCACAAAGCCACGUUUAUUGAUCUAUAUUAGGGGGUGACUAAUGGUAGACGUAUGAUGUUCUAUGUUGUAGAACGCCAUUUUCCGUAUAUAACUGGUGUUUACUUGGACUGGACACCAGAGUUUGUGCCAGCUAACAGGUACAAGUAUUUUAUCAACAUGAAAACUCUAGUUCUUGUCUGUCUUCUGUCCGUUGUCUGGGUCACACUGACCGUGGCCCAAAAGGUGACCUACGUUAUGGGUCCGUGUCCUAAUGGAGGAAAAAUGGGGAGCGUGUGGUACCAGCCGGGCUGUAGGAAAUGUCAGUGUAUCCGAGAUGGCUACAACUGCUACAGUUGCCAACCGCCUACUUACCCUGCAACUUGUACUGUGACAUACGACAACAAGGGCUACUACCCUGACUGCUGUCAGCCAACAGUGAAGUGUCCCACGGGUUGAGGAACCUGACAUGUGAUCAACACACCAAAUAAAGAAGUCAAGCUGA